CAGCCGCGGGAGGCGCCGGACGGGCCCAGGCCGCCUUUCCCACACGGCGGAGGUGCCGCGGGACCGCUCCGAGCCCGCCUGAGGGGAGCCCGUGCCGGGCGCCGCGAGCGCCGCGAGGGACGCGGGGCCCCCGCCCCGGGCCCGCCGGCCAUGGAGCCGCCGCCGGCCGCCGCUCGCCAGGUAGAAACAGAUGACCAAAUAGCCCUCCUUAGUAAGCCCAGGAAUAAAGGAGGAAACAGUGAUCUGGCAUCAGCUGGCUUUAACAUCAUUAAUUCAAUCAUAGGAUCAGGCAUUAUAGGAUUGCCAUAUUCGAUGAAGGAAGCAGGUUUUCCUCUAGGAGUACUGCUUUUGUUUGUGGUUGCCUAUAUCACAGAUUAUUCCAUUAUAUUACUGAUCAAAGGAGGAAAUCUGUCCAGUACCAAAACCUAUCAAGAGCUGGUCAAAAAAACAUAUGGUCUUGUAGGUUAUCUAAUCCUUUCAACUCUCCAGUUUUUAUAUCCAUUUAUUGCUAUGAUCAGUUACAAUAUAAUAACAGGAGACACUAUAACUAAAGUUUUUCAGAGAAUUCCUGGAGUUGGGCUGGAUAACGUGCUUACCGACCGUCACUUCAUAAUUCUUGUUACCACCAUCAUCUUUACCUUACCUAUAUCUUUAUAUCGAGACAUAGCAAAAUUGGGAAAGGUAUCUCUUCUUUCUCUGAUUCUAACUAUUGUCAUCCUGAUUGUUGUGAUGGUGAGAACAGUAACCUUCAGUCCACAAGUACCCAAAUCAGAAAAUGCAUGGAUAUUUGCAAAAUCAAAUGCUGUACAAGCCAUUGGAGUGAUGUCAUUUGCAUUCAUCUGCCAUCAUAACAGCUUUCUAAUAUAUGGGUCUCUGGAAGAACCCACAUUAAAGAACUGGUCUCAAGUCACACAUAUGUCUGUGUCCCUUGCUCUUGUCAUCAGUAUAGUGUUUGCUGCCUGUGGAUAUAUGACUUUUACAGGAUACACAGAAGGAGACAUAUUUGAAAACUACUGUAGAGAUGACAACCUUGCUACAUUUGGAAGAUUUUGUUAUGGAGUUACUGUAAUUCUGACCUUCCCCCUUGAAUGUUUUGUGACCAGAGAGGUGAUUGCCAAUGUGUUUUUCCAUGGGAACCUCUCAACAGUUUUCCAUGUUGUUGUGACAGUAGUUAUCAUUGCUGUGGCGACUGGUGUAUCAUUAAUGUAUGAUUGCCUUGGAAUAGUUUUAGAGCUGAAUGGAGUUCUGAGUGCCACCCCACUUGUUUUUAUCAUCCCAUCUGCGUGUUAUCUAAAGCUGUCCAAGGAGCGGUGGAACCAUUCAGAUAACCUCAUAUCCUGCCUGAUUCUUGCUCUUGGUGUGCUAGUGAUGGCAGUUGGGUUUGUCAUGACUGUCUUGCAUCCCCAGGAAUGUAGCCAUGGAAAAGAAAUGUUCUACUGCUUUCCUAGUAAUGUUUCUUUGCACAACACCACCCUUCCACCAUAGGUAGCACACUGAUCUCCAGGCUGGAUCAGGCACAUCUCGUAGUGAGCCAUACAUGUCAGUUUAAAGGAGAGCAGAACAAAGAUUUUCCUUGUUUUGAGAUGCACUAAGGAUUUUAAACUGUAAUUACAUACUUGAUUUUAUGCUGCCAUCCUUUUUCAGGUAAGGUUUCAGUUUUAACUGUUGAAACACUAAAUCUCAGAGGUGCCUUUCAGUAGACAUUACUUGAAUAACUUGCAAGCCUGCCACAAAGGUUGCAUUUUUUAACUUAAUCUGCAGUGCUGUUUAAAAGCUGUAAAUUAAAUGUUUUGAAAUAUAAACCUUUCCCAUGUUUCAUUGAUUUAACUUAGUUUUUAUUAAUUUUAUAAUCUUUCAUGUAUAUUUAUUAGCACACAAUAAUAUGGGGGUUUAUUGAAGUCUUGACAAAAAGUAUGUCUGGAUCUCUGUGUAUUACAAUUCUGCUAUUAAAUUUAAAGACUCUUAUUAAUUCUGUCUUUGAAUUUGCAGUAACUGUCCUUUAGAGCUGAAAGCUUCCCUUUUACUGGAUCUUGAGUCAAAAGAAAUUUUGUAUUCUGACUGAACUGUAACUGAUACAAUUUAAUUGUAACUGUUACAAUAUGUGAUCUUGUAAUUGAAAUAUAUUGCACAAAUAAAUCCACAAGAGUGGAUUUAAAAAGAUUCAACUAGGCAUUCUUUGUAAAAAUUUCAAGAUUUAAAAAGAAGAAAAUUACAUUGCAGCUCAAUUCUUACAUUUAUAAUAUUAUUCAUUAUUUAUGAAACUGAAUUGAAACUAACAUUCUAAACCUGAUUAUCAUUCUAGUCCUCUGUUUCUUUUCAGUAUAUGACUAAUGAUUUUGUCAUGGUUUGUCAAAUUUUGAUUUGUUAUGUUUUCCAAAAUGCAUUUAACAUCAAGGAUUCAUGUAUAUAUGUGUAUAAAUAUACAUACACACAUAAACAUAUAUAGAAAUAGAUUCACGUGCCUAUAGAAUGGGACUAAUUUGAGGUUGAGUGAUGAGUAUCCUCAGUCAUAUCCAUACUGUCAUUUUGAAAAUGUAUUGUUACCAAAUCAAAAUGUGUACUUGAGUUAAUUUUUGCAUUAUUGUGAUACUUGUGGUUUCUCAUUCCAACUAGAUGCAUAAUGCUGCUUCAUUUUUAUGCUGCUUAAUGUGGAUGGGUUUUGUCUUCUUCUUGCAUGACAAAGCUAUAUCAUUCAAGACUUCCAGUUUAACAGAACUGUAAGCACGUGUCACUAGAUGGUGAUAAUACUUGUAAGAAUAACACACUUUUUAAAAGAAAUACUUCCAAAUAAAUGCUUUAAAUAUU